UGUCAAUGACUCGCACAAAAGCUAUUCUUCGCGAAAAACUUACUGCGCCUGUGUACAACUCUCCUAGCUUAAAUCUUCAGCUGCGUGAUGACCUAUCAACAUUACAGGGCCACUACGUUGGGCACUACGCUCCAGGAGACAUUGGAUGAGAUGAUUCAGAGCGGUGAUAUAACCGAAGAUAUGGCCAGUGUGGUCUUGCGAAAAUACGACAAGAGCGUUACAAAAGCGUUAGACGAACAUGUUACGAGCAAGAUCAACUUUACGGCCGGAAGACUGGAAAACUAUAGAUUCUGCGACAAUGUGUGGACUCUGCUACUCAAGGAUGUGGAGUUUCGCCAGGGUCAGGAGGUUUUGCAGGUCGAUGCGGUCAAAGUUGUGGCCUGCCUCGGAAAGAGAGAUUAAAGCGCACUGAAAGUUGCUAGCAACUA